GGACCGUGGGCCCUUUGCCUCGCAUCUCGACUACAAGUCGCGACUGCAAUACAAUGCGCCUAAAGGGUCCUUCCCGCUGAGUGGGAUCAUUUGCACAAUAGGGCCGGCCACAAACAAACCUGAUGUACUCAUGAAACUCAUGGACGCUGGCAUGCGAGUGGUACGACUGAACUUCUCCCAUGGCUCUCAUGAAAACCACAGCAAGACUAUAGAAAUCGCACGCAAGGCCAUCAUUUGCUACUCUGCCAGGAAGGGAUAUUCCAAAACUGUUGCCAUCGCAUUGGAUACCAAAGGACCGGAGAUUCGAACGGGUCGCUUAGCGGGUAGCGAUACAGGUGAAGUCGAAUUAAAGCAAGGUGAUAAAAUAAAGCUAUCUACUAAAAAGGAUAUGGAGGAUAAGGGCUCCAAAGAUGUCAUAUAUGUCGAUUAUCCAAACAUAACAAAGAUCUUGAAGCCCGGAAAUCACAUUUUUAUAGACGACGGGCUCAUUUCGCUGCUGGUGAAGGAAAUAGCCGGCGAGGAGUUGUCAUGCGAGGUAGAAAACGGUGGCAAGUUGGGUUCGCGUAAGGGCGUGAAUCUGCCGGGGGUGCCCGUUGAUUUGCCCGCAGUAACCGAAAAGGACAAGGCGGACUUAAAGUUCGGCGUACAGCAAAAAGUAGACAUGAUAUUCGCUUCGUUCAUACGAAAUGCCAAAGCGCUCGAAGAAAUACGCAAAGUCUUGGGCCCAGAAGGUAAACACAUUAAGAUAAUAUCGAAGAUUGAAAAUCAGGAGGGUAUGCAGAACAUAGACGCAAUUAUUGAAGCCUCUGACGGAAUUAUGGUAGCACGUGGAGAUCUAGGAAUAGAGAUUAAAGCUGAAGAGGUACCUCUAGCGCAAAAGGCAAUUCUCGCUAAAUGCAACAAGGUUGGCAAACCCGUCGUUUGUGCAACUCAGAUGCUGGACUCUAUGACAACCAAACCGCGGUCCACGCGCGCCGAGGCUUCGGAUGUGGCAAAUGCAAUCUUCGAUGGCGCUGACUGCGUGAUGCUGUCCGGCGAAACAGCCAAAGGGAAGUACCCUGUCGAAACUGUAAAGUGUAUGGCCGACAUUUGCUCUAAAGUGGAAGCCGUGCUCUGGUACGAACGGAUUCAGAACGAUAUAAAGGCCGUUGUGAAGUCUCAAACUGCAGAUGAAAUAUCUGCGGUGUCCUCGGCAAUUGCUGAGGCUGCCACAAUAAGCCAAGCCAAGGCGAUCAUCGUAGGCAGUCCGUGUGCACUUAUCUCCCACAUCGUUAGUCAGUUUAGACCCAAUUGCCCAAUUGUCUUGCUAACAGGUUGUCCGGUGCAAGCACGGCAGUCGGUGAUCUUCCGGGGCGUCUAUCCGAUCGUUUUGGAGGAAAUGGCAACGGGCUGCACUGGUUUUAGACGAGUCCUUCAGAAAGGCAUCAACAUUAUGGCUAAAAUGAAAAUGCUCGAGGUUGGUAAGACCGUUACUGUUGUGAUCGUUGAUGCUAUGAAAGCGGAUAAAAUAUCAUUCCGACUGUUGUCCAUAAAGCAGAAAUGCACAAAGGCGGAAGACGAAAAGUUAUUGGAGCUACAAUGCCAAGAACUGGCUAAGAAGGAUAAGUGCAAGGAAAUGGCUGAAAAACAGAAGGCUAAAGCGGAGGCGGAGAAAAAGAAAUGCGAGGAACAGGCAGCGAAAGACAAAUGCAAGGCUAUGGCCGAGAAAGAUAAAUGUAAAAAGCCAGAUGAAAAGGAGAAAUGUGGGGAUGACGCCAAAGAAAAGGCUGAGAAAGAGAAGUGCAAGGCAAUGGCAGAAAAAGAGAAAUGCAAAAAAUCGAAUGAAAAGGAGAAAUGUGGGGAUGGUGGAAAAGAUAAAGGUGAGAAAGAUAAGUGUAAGGCAAUGGCAGAAAAAGAGAAAUGUAAAGCAAUGGCCGAGAAAGAGAAAUGCAAGGCAAUGGUGGAAAAGGACAAAUGUAAGCAAAAGAAAAAUAAAUGCGGAAAUGAGGGCAAGAACGAUAAAUGUAAAGAAAUGGCAGAGCAAGAAAAAUGCAAGAAAAUGGCCGAAGAAGAAAAAUGCAAUGCAUUGGCUGAAAAGGAAAAAUGCGGCGAAAAACUAAGUGACAAGGAGAAGGCUGAGAAAGAGAAGUGCAAAAUGAUGGCUCUAAAAAAAGAAUGCCAGGCACUGUCCGAUAAGGAAAAAUGUGCCAAUAAGCAAAUGGACGAUUUACAGAAAUAUGCAGAAAAAUGUAGGGAGGAUGCAAUUAGAGAAAAAUGCAAGGAAAGGGCCCAGAAAAAGAAGGCAGAGAAGGAAAGCGCCGAGAAGAAAGAAGACAAGCCAAAAGCCACUGAUAAGAAAAAAUAGUAAUAGCACGAAGGUUCCCCAAAUUGGA